ACCGCCUCGACUCCUCCGGCCGAAGUGACGGAUGGAGGUGCUGCGCGCUGGGCACCGGGAGCCGAGGGGCGUUAGUGCAGAUCGGCCUCCCCGUCGUCUACAGGCACGCCUGGCGUCUUCCGAACGCGUUCGCCCAAUCGCCCCUUCACUCUCUUUUCAAGUUCAGCUCAGGUGCAGCGUGACAGUUACGGAGCCCGGGAGCUGGCGUCCGCCGCCGCCGUCGCGGCAGCAGCGUCUGCCUCCGCGCAGAAUGCGCCUCUCCCGCGGUACAUACCUGGCAAAGUGCGCGCCGGGGCUGAGUUGCAUGGACUUUCUCCUCGUCGUGCACCCGGAAAGGGAAAAGCCGAGAGAGCAGCUCGCUAGCAGCCGAAUCCCAGGCGCCCAGAGUACAAAUGCAGCUCAAGCGAGCUCUCCCCCUUCUCCCAUCCCCCCUUGCUUCUCUCCUCCUUUUCACCUUCCAAACGCCAGGCGCAGGCGAGCCGAGCUGCAGCAACAAGUUCAAAAGGUUCUGAGAGGCGUCUGCUGCCUUUCCCUCCGCUUGACCUUUCUCCGCCCCCGCCCCCUCCGGCUCCUGCGCUCCACCCCAGCCACCCACCGGCCCCGGCGCAAAAUGUCACCGAAGGAGAGCGUCCAGGUGGAUCUGCCGGGGAGGAGAGCGAGCCUGGUGGAACAAAGGGAAGCUUCAAGCGCUCGGCUGCGGCGGUUCGGUGAAGGAGAGGAGCGCGGGGAUCGGUGCCUGGCUUCCGCCUCCCUGGGACCUGGUUCAACGCGAGCGUGGGAAAAAAGGGAAACAGAGAGAGAGGCUGGGAAGGAGGGUGAGCCGAGCGGAACGCGCAGGAAUUGGUUGUCUUCUGGGGGCUACUGGGUGACAAGACCUGCAAAACCCCGCGGCGGAAUUUUUAAGUUGCAUUUCCGUCUCUUUAUUCGUGCAAACCAGAUGUUUGCAGGCGUUAAUAUGUCAUCUAGCCAACUUGCCGAAAAGUCAGGCAGUCUCCUUGGUCCAGGUCUCGCCGCAACUCCUUUUCGCGUCCUCUGAGAAUGACAGGAAGGAUUUAGAUCCCUUUUCUGAAUGUCAGCAUCUAGAGAGACGUGAGUGUCUGUGUGCGCGUCCCCUUCACUCUCUCUCUGCCAUAUCUGCGCAUAUCUAAAAUGGUUAAAGUAGUUAAAGGUGUCAGUGUGAGGAGUAAGUGAUAUGAUGUGAGAGUAGGUAACUGUCGCGGCCAACCGUUUUGUUUUUCUUCUACCCCGCCCCCCAGUCAUUAAGAAUCUUCCUAAAAACCAACAUUACCUUUAUCGCCACUAGAUGGCGUGAGUGGAGAGAAGUUAAAUCUACACCGAAGGUUCGGAUGCUUUAGAAAGGUGAAGGAUCAACAAAUUGACCCGAGAGAUCUAUCACAUAAAUAUCCUCAAAUCCCCCACACCCCACCCACCUUUAGAGUAUUUAUAUGAGAGUAACUACUUAGGCUUGAGCCUGCAUUUUGAUGCAGGAAUGAGAUGUGGAGUUUCCCGUUGAAAUACCUUUUAAAAAUUAAAUUUAGAUUACUGAUGAGUAAUAAUGAUAUUAAUAACAAUAAUAAUAAUGAAGGCCAUAGGAAAUACUGAAGCUUCAUCUGUGUUGUUUAAGGAGCGAAGGCUAACUUCUGUGUGAAAAUGACCUUUCCCAGGCUUGGUUUGACUGUUCUUGGUUUGUAAAGGAAGUGGACUGUGAUGUAUUCUUGAAUUGACUUUCAGGCCUUAGAGACCUUAGAGACAAAACGGGUUAACCUUAAAAGUCUGAAAUGUAAUACGUCGAUAAAAGAUAGGAACUGAAAAAAAAGAGUAUACAGUAAAUGACCAGAGAAGGAGAAAAACGAACCUCAUGAUGUACAGGAUUUUCUGUAGAGAUGGAAAGAUAUUUUUUUAUUGUUUAUUGGUGUAGAGGUUUAGGGAAUCCCAUGUUAGUAGUUAAUAAAGUCGGGGCUAAUGCACCGUGUAAGCUUAGAAAUAGAACUGAAGACACCUGCUGUUUAUCUGUUUGUAUUACUUGAAGUGAAAGAUGCUUGUAACAAUAACCUGCAUAACUGAAAAACAAACACUUUAACUGGAAAAGAAAUAAGGGUACUAUUUAAUUAUUACUGUAAGAAAAUUAACCCUUUCCUAAUCUGAACAAUAAGGUAUCAUCAUAACAGGUGCAUCCAGAGAGUGGAGAGACAUGAAUAUUCAAUUGAUGCCAAAGUGGUGUGCCAUCCUGUAGAAAUGGGGCAAGUGACCUAAAUAGAGCCUUUAAAACUUCCCUGCAGGAAACCUAACACAAAUAUAAACCUAGGUGUUUAACUGCACAAAAACCCCUAGAUAAGCAAGAAUAUAAAAUCUUCAGUUUUAAGGUUUUAUGAUCUGCUCUCCCCCACUCUCUGCAAGCUUCUUGAUAGAGUGGAAAGAAUGUGGGCUUACAAGUUAAAACACAUCUAGAUUCACAUUCUAGCCCAAGAAAUUACUCAGACUAUGUUUCCAUUGGCAAAUUACUUCACUUUUGUUUAGAAAUUAUGGAUGAUAAAACUUUUUACUCCUUACUGUGAAGAGUAAACAGGAAAAUACUUCUGAACACUGAUGUGGAAGUCAGCAUACACAGAGGGUACUCAAUAUCAAUUUCUUUUUACUUUAAUGCACAGUGGAAAUUUAUAUUAUAUCCAGCCUGUAUUUGAAAUUCUCACAUUUUUUUAUGUUUACUUUUGCCACUGAGUUCAAGAGUCCCCUUGUCAUGAUAUGCUGGUGACCCUGAUUUUUUAAUACUCAUUCCUGCAUUGAAAUGAUGUUAUGUACACAAAAUCCAGCAUAACACUCUAUAUGUUUCUGUUACCCCGGGUUCCUAUUCUUCCUUCUCAUAUUGUCAUUUCACAUACUCUGCUUGGUGCUGGAAAGAAGCCUCAUGGUGGACACAGAUUGUGUUCUGUUCUUCACCAGUUUUCCCCCACAAAGACACACACUCAUCCAGUAAUUCCUGUAUAUUCCACCCUGUUUCCCAAUCCUUAUUGUUCACCUUAAGUGAUUUUUUAAAACUAUUUUGAGAUAAUUACAGAUUCCCACAGAGUUGUGAGAUGUAAUAGAGAUGAUUCCUUAUAUUAUCAACUAGGUUCCACCAAAGAUAACAUCUUGCAUAUUACAGUACAAUAUCACGACCAGGAAAUUUACAUCGAUACAAUCCACCCACCUUAUUCAGAUUUCACCAGUUUUACAUACAUUCAUGUUUCUGUAUUAUACUUAGUUCUGUCUAGUUGUAUCAUACAUGUAAAUUUGUGUGACCACCAUCAAGGUAAACAGAAGAUUCCCACCACAAAGCCCAGCUCUCUCCUUCCCUCCCCCUUCCCUGUCCCUUGUCAACCACUAAUCCAUUCUCCUCUAUGAUUUAUCAAUUCAAGAAUGUUAUAUAAAAGCAACCAGGCAAUGGAACCUUUCAAGACUGUCUUAGUUUACUCAGUAAAAUUACGUUAGACUCAUCCAUGCUGUUGCAUGUAUCAAUAGUUUAUUCCUUUUAAUUGCUGAAUAUUACCACACUUUGAUUAAGCAUUUACCCACUACAGGACAUCUGGAUUGGUUCCAAUUUUUGACUAGUAUAAAUAAAGCUUCCAUGGAAAUUCAAGUACAGGUUACUGUGUGAACGUAAGUUUUCAUUUCUUUAGGAUAAAUACACAAGAAUGCAAAUGCUGGGUUGUAUGAAAGAUGUAUGCUUAGUUUUGGGAGAAGCUGCCAACUGUUCUUCUAGAGUGGCUGUACCAUUUUAUAUCCCACCAGUAAAUUAUAAGUUAUCUAGCUUUUCAGAAUCCUCACCAGCAUUUGGAAUUAUCACGAUUUUUUUGUGUAAGCCAUUCUUAUAGCAUAUAGUGACAUGUCAUUGCAGUUUUAAUUUGCAUUCUCUAAUGACUAAUUUUGUUAAACAUAUUUUUAUGUGUUUAUUUGCCAUCUGUGUAUUUUUCAGCAAAAUAUAUGUUUCUGUCUUUUGCUUAGUUUUAAAUGGAUUGCUUGCAGUUUUUUUACUGUUGAUUUUGAGAGUUCUUCAUACAUUCUAAAUAACUGUCCUUUGUCAAAUAUGUUCCUUGCAAAUAUUUUUUCCUAGUCUGUAGCUUGUCUUUUCAUUCUCCUCAGAGGAUUUUCUGGAAAGCAAAAUUUUCUAAUGCUAAUGAGAUCCAUAUUAUGAAUUUUUCCUUUUUAUGGAUCAUGCUGUUGGUGUCAACUCUAACAACUCUGCCUAGACCCAUGUUCCCAAAAUUUUCUCUAUUUUUUUCUCUAUGUUUCAUAGUUUUACAUUUUAAACUUAAGUCCACAAGUUAUUUUGAGUUAACUUUUAUAUAAGGUAUGGUGCUUAGGUCGAAGUUCUUUAUUUUUUGCCUAUGGUUAUCUGAUUGUUCCAGAACCAUCUGUUGAAAAGUCUAUCCUUUCUAUAUUGAAUUGUUUCUCCAUCAUUGUCAAAAAUAAAUUGAGUAUAUUUUUGCAUUCUAGUUUUAGGUUCUCUGUUUUGUUCCAUUGAUAUGUGUUUCCCCUCUCACUAAAAACACACUUGCUUGAUUACGUAGCUGUACUCUUAAUUAAAGUUGUUCCUGCCACUUCAUUAUUCUUUUUCAGAGUUGAUUUAGCUCUUCUAGCUUCUUGCCUUUCUAUGUUAAUUUUGAAAUACUAUGUAUUUCAAAACAAAAAACCUUGCUGGGAUUUUAAUAGGCAUUGCAUUACACCUAUAAAUCAAUUUGAGGGAAUGGACAUGUUUAUUAUAUUGAAUCUUUCAAUCCAUGAGCAUGGUAUGUCUCUCCAUGUACUUAACUUGUUUUAUUUCUUUCAUCAGUAUUUUGAAGUCUUCAGGAUACAAAUUCUGUCCCUGCUCUAGUACCUUUAUACUAAGUAUUUAAUUUUCUUUGAUGCUAUUAUAAAUACUAUUACAUGUUUUUUAAAAUCUGGUUUCCAUAUAUUCAUUGUUAAUAUAGAAAUGCAAUUGGCUUUUGUGUGUUGAUCUUGUACCUGCAAUUUUGUUGAACUUCCUUAUUAGUUCUUGGGCUUUAUAUAGUGACAAUCAUCUUCAUGACCUAAAGACUCUGUUUUAUUUCAUCCCUUUUAGUCAUAUACCUUUUAGAGUUUUUUUAUGCUCUUAUAAUCAUGUCACUACCUCUUUAAAUAUCUUCCAGUGAUUUCAGAAAUCAUUCCUUA